AUGCUGGGGCUCCUCCAGCGCCUCGCCCGGUUCCUCGACCGCCCGGCCUUCCCUUGGAAGCGCCUGAUUAUGGGCUUCUCCCUCGCGCAGUACUUCCUCGAGGGCUUCCUCUCGCUCCGCCAGUACCAGGUUCUCAAGGCCACCAAGGCGCCCAAGGUGCUGCAGCACGAGGUCUCGCAAGAGGUCUUUGACAAGAGCCAGGCGUACGGCCGCGCCAAGGCCAAGUUCGAGCUCGUCAACGGCAUCUGGAACCAGCUGCAGAACUUUGCCUUCUUCCAGUUCGACCUGCUGCCCAAGCUGUGGGCGUGGUCGGGCCACUUGCUGCUCCAGUUUGCCCCCGCGCGCUUCUCCGGCGAAAUCUCCCAGUCCAUCGUCUUCGUUCUCACCACGAUUCUGCUCAACCAGUUGCUGUCGCUGCCCGGCUCCGUCUACCACACGUUUGUGCUCGAGGCCAAGUUCGGCUUCAACAAACAGACGCCCAAGGUUUUUGUCACGGACAUUCUCAAGACGCAACUGCUCACGUUCACGCUCGUCCCGCCCAUUCUGGCCGCCUUCUCGUCGAUUAUCCGCCGCACCGGCGACCAGUUCUUCUACUACGUCUGGCUGUUUGGCGCCGGCCUGCAGGUCUUUAUGAUUUCCAUCUACCCGAUUGCCAUCCUGCCCCUGUUCAACAAGCUGUCGCCGCUCGAGGAGGGCCCGCUCAAGACGGACGUCGAGGACCUGGCCAAGAAGCUCAAGUUCCCGCUGCACGAGCUCUAUGUGAUUGACGGCAGCCGCCGCAGCGCCCACAGCAAUGCCUACUUCUUCGGUCUGCCCUGGAAGAAGCACAUUGUGAUUUACGACACGCUGAUUGAGAAGAGCGAGACCGAGGAGGUUGUGGCCGUGCUGGCGCACGAGCUCGGUCACUGGAGCCUGGGCCACACGACACGCCUGUUUGCCAUUUCGCAGGCGCACUUUUUCUACAUCUUUGCGCUCUUCUCCGUCUUUAUCAACAACAAGAGCCUGUACGCCGACUUUGGCUUCACGCAGCGGCCCAUCAUCAUUGGUUUCCUGCUGUUCUCGGACGCGCUCGCCCCCAUGGACAUGGUCAUCAAGCUGCUGAUGAAUGUCCUGAGCCGCCGCUACGAGUUCCAGGCGGACAACUUUGCGCGCGGCCUCGGCUUUGAGGAUGCCCUGGCCCGCUCGCUGAUCCGGCUGCAGAUCCAGAACCUCAGCACCAUGGACGCGGACUGGCUGUUUGCCAACUACCACUUCUCGCAUCCCAUCCUGUCGGAGCGCCUCAAGGCCCUGGACUGGCAGCCGACCGAGAAGAUUGAGGUCAAGGAGACGAAGGGGUCGAAGGAGGACGGGGCCGUCGCCACGGGCCGUGAUGAGCUGUAG